AUGAUUAAACUAACACAGUCCCACUUUUGUAUCCCACUAUAAACUUCAUUUUACAUCACUCAUCCCUUAUAAACGUUGAUAAUAAAAAAAAAAGUAACAAUAAUAAUAUUACACAUGACAAGUAUCUAUUAGCAUUAAAUUGGACUUACAAAGAUUUAAAGUCAAAUUAGUUCGUUUGUUCUGGUAAUGACUGUAUAUAAUACGUAACAAAGAUUUCAGAAUAAAUACUCGAAGCAGAAGACUAGUCCGAAACUAUUAUAGUUCAGUUUGUAACCGUACGUCGAACCGUCUACAGUGAUAAGUGUUAAGAUUGAUUUCUCUUUUUUUAUUUAAUGAUAGAAUAUUGUACAUAUGCGUGGUAAUAAAUUAGAGUUCCCGUUUAACAAUUAUGAAUGCCCAAGGAAUGCAGAUUUUGAAUAUUGUACUAUUAAUCGGAGUUUGCAAUGCGGACUUGAAACUUCUUCAAGUAACAUUUCGACAUGGAGAUAGAACGACCGUUGCCGAGUCCCAAGUUUAUUAUCCUAACGAUCCCUAUAUUAAUAAAACAUAUUGGCCUGAAGGUUACGGAGGACUUAUAAACCAAGGAAAAGACAGGGCUUACCGGUUGGGAUUAUUCUUGAAAAAAAAUUAUGGCGCCUGGCUUGGUUCUGUUUAUGCUGACAGUCUAUUCUAUUUCCGGUCCAGUGAUAUAUCCAGGACUAAAAUGACAGCGGAACUUGUUGCUGCUGCACUUUUCCCACCGAUCGAUAUCCAAAGAUGGAAUCAAAAACUGAACUGGCAACCUAUACCUAUUUGGAAUGUUCCUUUGAUUCAAGAUAUUUUAUUUCUCGGGCAAUUCCUCUGUGAGAAAGUCGCUAUUUUAAGGAAGGAAAUCGAAACGUCCGAUCCUUAUUUGCUCAAGAGACAAAAAGAAUUGGCUGGUUUCUUUGAGUACGUUAGUGAGCAUGUUGGCAUAAAUGUUACUCAACAAACAAGCUACUAUAUAUACAUGCACCUUUAUUCUCAGUAUACAAUGGGAUAUAGAAUGCCUGAAUGGACAAAGGACAUAUUUCCUUUUGGACAGUUCGAAGAUGUUGCUGGAUAUGAUUAUGUUAUACAAUCUUAUACGAAGGAAAUGCAAAAAUAUAAUGGAGGUAUGUAUUUUUUGAGUAAACAAAUUUUUGUAUUUAUUCUUACCUCUCAAUACACAGGGGUCUGGAUUAGGGAAUGGUUGCGCAAUGUCGACAAUUAUAUCAACGGCACGGCAACCUAUCGUGCAUUAUUCUAUAGCGGACACGAGAUUAAUAUUGCGGGAAUUUUGAAUUCCUUGAAUGUCUUCAUUCCUCACGUACCGGAAUUUGCAAGCUCCGUUAUAUUAGAGCUUCACAAGUAUGGCGAGGAAUAUUUUGUCAGGGCAUUACACAAAAAUCUGGAUACUGCAGUGGAACUGAAAAUUCCAGGUUGUAAUGGAAUCUACUGCCAUCUUGAUACCUUCAGAAAUCUAUUUGCUGAUAUCAUACUGGAAAAUCCACUCGAAUCUUGUAGGAAGAUGUAAAUAUAUUUUUUAAUUUUAAUCAAGCAAA